AAAGUCGUAGGACCUGUCCACGGUAUCUAUUCUUCGUCAAUCUGCCAUUUUUGUUGUGUAAUUUUCCAGUGAAGACAGUUUUUUCACAAAAAACGUGCUGAAUUGUUGUUUCUGUGUGAAAAUUGAGGAAAAAGUUGGGAAAUGGCACAGAGUAAAAUACACGAGUUUGCCGGCAAGUUCGGAAAGGGCGGACCACCGGGAGUUUCAACUGCCCUCAAAGUUGUAGCCACCCUCGGGGCAGCUGCUUACGGUGUGGCACAGUCAAUGUACACAGUUGAUGGUGGUCACAGAGCAAUCAUCUUCAGCCGCUUGGGUGGAAUCCAGAAAGAAAUCUACUCCGAAGGUCUCCACUUCCGAAUCCCGUGGUUCCAGUACCCCAUCAUCUAUGACAUUCGCUCCAGACCGAGAAAGAUCUCAUCUCCAACGGGCUCCAAGGAUUUGCAGAUGGUCAACAUUUCCCUGCGAGUCCUCUCCCGGCCAGAUGCUCUCAAUUUGCCCACAAUGUAUCGGCAAUUGGGAUUGGAUUACGACGAGAAAGUCCUCCCUUCGAUCUGUAAUGAAGUGCUGAAGAGCGUUGUGGCUAAAUUCAAUGCAUCCCAGUUAAUUACGCAGCGUCAGCAGGUCUCUCUUCUUAUUCGUCGGGAAUUGGUUGAGCGUGCUCGGGAUUUCAACAUCAUCCUCGAUGAUGUUUCCCUCACUGAGCUCAGUUUUGGGAAGGAAUACACGGCAGCCGUUGAAUCCAAACAGGUUGCUCAGCAAGAAGCACAGCGGGCAGCAUUCUACGUUGAGCGCGCCAAGAUGGAGAAGCAACAGAAGAUUGUUCAGGCUGAGGGAGAAGCUGAAGCUGCCAAGAUGUUGGGUGUAGCUGUGAGUCAAAAUCCUGGCUACUUGAAAUUGCGUAAGAUCCGUGCGGCUCAGAGUAUUGCCCGGACAAUUGCCAAUGCCCAGAACAAGGUCUACCUCAGUGGCAACAGCCUCAUGCUCAACAUCCAGGACAAUGCCUUCGAUGACAUGGUCGACCGGGUGAAAACGAAGAAAUAGCACGUCCUGGAAGAGGCCAUAGGUGCAUUUAAUCAUCAAGAUUCUUCUGUAGAUUCGCUAUAGUCACGCCAAUUGGAGAAAAUAAAAAGUUAUGAGGGUA